AUGGCCGGUACUAGUGGCGAGAGCGAUAUGAGAGGAUCGUUGUGUGUGGUAUUUCGUGGCGAGUCAGGCAACGCCGUCGGCGGCAAUUCAGCGAAGGUGCACGCCAAGCUGUGGCAGGGCGGAGAAGGACCUGCCGUCGCCGGCGUGCUCGCUCAUCAAGUACUCCACGUGGGACGAGGUGAAGCACUCAGACCUCGGCGUGUGGACGACGCUGGACUUCACGCCGGCCUUCAUCUCCCGCAUGCGGUAUGACGCCCCGCCUCCUAGCGGUCAUUUCCCGCCGUCGUCGCUCCCGUGCCGCCUCCGGCGCUGCCACCCGGCCCGGCCUCGCCCCCGGUCCUCCGUGAAGACGAGACGCGCCUCUGAGGGUCUGUGCAGACGAUGGCAAACGAAGCCACCCGAGCGCGCUCGACAACGCCCGAAGGCACCCGAACGCCCACGACGGCGUCCGAAAGCACCCGAACACGCACGACGGCGCCCGAAGGCACAUAAACGCCCACGACGGCGCCCGAAGGCACCCGAACACGCACGACGGCGCCCGAAGGUACCCGAACGCGCUCGACGGCGGCGGAAGGCACCCGAAAGCGCCGGAAAGCGCUCGACGGCAUCCGAAGACAAUUGUAGGCACACAAACGCGCCCGAUGGCGCACGAAGGCACUCGAAGCCAUCUCUCAGGAACGGGACGCUGUUGUGAAUGACUUUUCUGCAUAUUUAUUACAAGUUUUGUGGUAAUGAUGGUGGUGGUGAUAAUGAUUAUGACAGUGAUCGUGUUAUUAGACGACGAGAAUGUAAAAAAUGAAAACAAUAUUGGUUUUGUAUUAUCCUUUUUGUGCUCGAUUUUGGUUUAAAUACAUUGUAUUACGAUUUCUGGCAUUAAUUUUGUAAUUCAAUUUGUUCCAUCGUAACUGGUUUGGAAGUGCGAUUUAUCAUUGAUCAACUUAUGAUGUGAUCUCAAAAAUAUUUCCGAAAUAAUCACACAAUGUAAGCAUAUUUGUUGUUCAAUAAUUUGAUUCAUUUUGCUUCAAAUAUCUACCCAGGAAUCUUUGUUGUCAGUGGUCCCAAGGACAAUUGCAAUGUUUCAAUAAAUGUGAAAUAGCUUUAUGUCUGUAAAUGCAAAUGGAUGCCAAACAUUUUCGUGGUAAACAUGUACAGUUGUGCAAUGUUUCAAAGCAGAAUAUUAUGUUCAUAAACUUAAGUUUAACUCUUCAAAUUGAUUGAGAAAUAUUGUCGAUAUUGGAAAUUUUUACAAAUAUACCAAGAUCAUGUCGUCCA